CCAACCCCCACACACAUGCUCCCUCCCAUCCGUCUGUGUGUUUUGAGCUCAAACCCAAAGCCGAGCGGUGCCUUGUGCGACAGGUUUCCUUCGAGCCAUAACAAACUCCAUGGAGACGAUGGGCCCGUGGAUGCUGCUGCUUCUGCAUUUACACCUCGUGGUGUGUGUUUCCCUCCCCGCACCCUCCAGCGUCUCCAUCUCCUCCUUCAACAUGGAGCACACACUGAGCUUCCUGCCCGGCCUCGGGACCCCCUCCGACAGCCGUUUCACUGUCCAGACGGUCCUCCGCCUCAGGAAGAAAACGUGGAGACCGGUGGCUGCUUGUUUGAAACUGACAGCCGGACAGACGUGUAACCUAACCAGAGCAUUCAAGGACCCGUUGAAUCACUACCAAGCCCGCGUCCAAGCCUUCACGCCCACCCAGACAUCUAACUGGACUAUGUCUGGCCAGUUCCAGCCGCUGUCAGACACUGUGUUGGGACCUCCUGACGUGUCUGUGUCUGGCUGUGGGAACUGUCUGCUCCUGCAGCUCCGAGUUCCUACAACAAACGGGCCCCAGCAGCUAAAGCAAUGGUACAGAAGAGUCGUCCUCGAUGUGCGCAGGUCCAGGGACGGAGUGCAGUUCAGUCUGAGUCUGCCCUACAAAGAGGAGAACAUGAUCUCUUACCUGCAGCCAGGUGUGGAGUACUGUGUGACCGUCGUUGUGAAAUCACUCUUCAACUCCAACUGUGUCUCCAGUAAACCGUGCUGUGUCUUCACCAGCCCUCCUCGGUCCAGAAGCUCACUGUACGUGGUCUUCAGCCUGCUGGGUGCGUUCUGUCUACUGGGGUUUCUCCUCAUUGGCCUGGUUGUCUGCGCCGGUCAGCUGGGCAUCACAUUACAAACACAACCCCUUCACAGAGCUCUGUCGAUCAUCCUUCUCCAAUGCCGGAAUCAUGGAAGUGGACCCGUUGUAGUCUCAGAUGAGAUCUCAGCCUUACAGCAACAUAAAGAGGGCUCUGCUGACUGCCUUCUGACCGCCACGAAGAGCUGCUCUGAGCGACACUGGGCUGAAGACCAGAAGAGCUGCUCUGAGCGACACUGGGCUGAAGACCAGAAGAGCUGCUCUGAGCGACACUGGGCUGAAGACCAGAAGAGCUGCUCUGAGCGACACUGGGCUGAAGACCAGAAGAGCUGCUCUGAGCGACACUGGGCUGAAGACCAGAAGAGCUGCUCUGAGCAUCACUGGGCUGAAGACCAGAAGAGCUAGUUUAGGUGGAGUUCACUGGUUGUGACAAAAGGCAGAAGUUGAGGAUAAAGUUAAUGGUUCACUAUCAGAGUGAGAUGUUUUAUAAAUGGUCAUAAUUCUGUUUCUAUGCCAAUAUUUAGAAUUUGACUCUUCUCCUGACUUUCUAAAUGUGUUUGAGGUGGAUGAAGUUUCUAAUCUUUUUUAUAACCCAAAGAAUAACUGUGUCAAAUGAGGAGGAACUGACAUUCACAGUAAACUAAGAAUACCUUAACAUGCAUGAGACUUGAACUGAGCAACCAAGUCAUAUAGCCAACCAUAAAACAUCAGCAUGGUUAUUAACACAUUAGUUUGAGUAUAUCAUUGUAUGCACUUGGAGUAGGUUUUAUUACCCUCAAUCUAUUCUAUCUUUACUUAAAUGCUGCCAUCCAUCCUGUUGCCCUCUUUCCUCUAAGACCUUUUAUAUAGUUAUUAUACUUACUGAAAAUCUGAUGGCGGUGAUGCCAUUCUAUACGACGGUGCACCAGCAUGAGAUAUAAAAAACAUCUGGUGAAUAAAGCAUUGUAAAAUAAAA